CAAGUUGACGGAUUAAUAAUCUUAAUGUAUGCCAAGUUUUGAGAGAAACAAAGACGUCCUUUUGUUCGAGUAUGUGCGGUGCCCAAACACGAACGUCCGUCUACAAAACCCAUUCGUUAUAAUGAACACUUAGUCAGUUCUCGAAUGACCCUCACGGCCGAAUAUGUGUACCUACCUUAUUAAUUCUACUCAAAACGACCAAACCGCGAGUUUUUCAUCCAUCUCAGAUUUUUUUUUAAAUAUAUUUUUCCAUUAUUACUUACUUUGCAAUAGUAAUUAUUUACCAUGACCCGUGUUGAAAUAAAAUACUGGUUGCUUCAGUGGAUUAACUUUCAAUGGACGAAACACACACUAUAAUAUAUAUGUAGGUACAGCGGUUGAUAUAUUAUCUCAAGCAGUAAACUCUACUACCACAUGGAGGGAUUUAAUGGGUACUCUAUGAGCUGUAUGUAUUAAUUUUAUAUGUGAACUUCAGCGGUAACCGCCUAGAUGAACUGCAGUAUUUGAACGGCGUGUGUGUGUGUGCGCGCAUGCGCGUGCACCUGCGGCUAACGAUGGACAAGCGUGACGCGAAGACUCGGUUGGUGUACGCGCUGUUGUUCCUGUUCGUGUUUUGCGGCGAACAAAUCACUGCCGAUUUCAGCGUCAGUGGUGAAGUACAAGCUGACAACAAUGAUGCCGGAGACGGUGGUUGGCCCGUGGCGGCAGUUGAUUCGGCGGCGGACACGAGCAGGAAGCAGAGAGUGCACCACCACAAACGCCAUUUGUCGAGAUCUUCAUCGGCGGUCGACUAUGCCCCGGGGAACGCACUGAUUAACGAGCUCGGAAAUCCGGACAACAUGUUCGUCACCGAAAACGGCACCGUUGUCACGUCACAGAUCGGCGGCACUGCGAUCCUGCCGUGCGCCACCGUCAAACCCGGCACGGCCACGGUGUCUUGGGUGAGACGGAUAGACUAUACAAUUUUAACAAUAGGGACGAGAAGUUAUAGCAGCGACAAAAGGUUUUACGUAGACCACACCAGACAUUUAAAGACGUGGAAUUUAGAAAUAACACCAGUGGAAGCAUCAGACGCUGGUUUAUACGAAUGUCGUAUAGCUACACAUCCAACGACUAGCAAUUUUGUACAUUUAAAAGUCACAGAGGCCAGAGCCGAAAUCCUCGGCUCACCGGACCUGUACAUUAUGAGCGGCAGCAGCUUAAGACUGGUGUGCCGGCUACAGGGGUCAACGCAAGCCCCGCUGUUCGUGUUCUGGUAUCAUUCCGAUCGGAUGAUCAAUUUUGACACGGAUCGGGGCCUGGUCGUGCACAUCAACAGCACGGAAAGCGACCUGAUUAUGCCGUACACAAACACGUCGGACAGCGGCAAUUACACAUGUCAACCACAAAACAUAUCGCCGGCCACGAUUCACGUGCACGUGCUUCAAUCUGAAGUACCGGCGGCCAUGCAACACGGGGUCCGUAGCUCGACUUCUGGGUCAUUCGCCAUCUCCAAUUGUGCUAUGUUUACAAUAAUCUAUAUGCUUUUACAAAUGUUAAGCUAAAAUGGACUGGAAAUUAGUGGGUCUUAACUACUAUUAUAUAAAUAUUAUAUUAUUUUUUCCAUCAUGCUAAUAAU